AUGUCGAAAGAAGACACCAGGGUAAUCCCUGUGAGGGUGGCACUGAGGUGCCGCCCGCUUGUUCCCAAAGAACGUGCCGAGGGCUGCCAGAUGUGCUUGUCUUUUGUCCCUGGGGAACAGCAGGUAGUUCUAGGAAAGGACAAACCGUUCACGUACGAUUACGUUUUCGACCCCUCAGCAGAGCAAGAAGAGGUGUUCAAUUCCUGCGUUGCUCCCCUUGUAAGGGGCGUUUUCAAAGGGUACAAUGCUACCGUUUUGGCCUAUGGGCAGACGGGGUCCGGGAAGACGUAUUCCAUGGGUGGGGCCUACACAGCUGACCAAGAGAAUGAUCCCGCCGUCGGCGUCAUCCCCCGGGUGAUAAAUCUUCUCUUCGAAGAAAUGAAGGAGAAGAUGGAGUGGCAGUUUUCCUUGACAGUCUCCUAUUUAGAGAUCUACAAUGAGGACAUCUUGGACCUCUUGGCACCAGCCAAAGAGCGGACAUCUCAGAUCAGCAUCCGCGAAGACCCCAAGGAAGGCAUAAAGAUUGUGGGGCUAACGGAACAUGUGGUGGUUAGCGCCCAAGAAACUGUCUUCUGCCUGGAGCAGGGGAACAACUCCCGAACGGUGGCUGCUACAGCGAUGAACACCCAGUCGUCACGCUCUCAUGCAAUCUUCACCAUGUCCAUUGAACAGAAAAGCAAAAGUGACAUGAACACCAGCUUUCAUUCCAAAUUGCAUCUCGUAGACCUUGCUGGUUCUGAAAGGCAAAAGAAGACCAAAGCAGAAGGUGAUCGUCUCCGGGAAGGGAUCAACAUCAACAAAGGACUCCUCUGCCUGGGAAAUGUCAUCAGCGCGCUUGGGGACGAAACCAAAAAGGGCAACUUUGUUCCUUAUAGGGACUCCAAGCUGACGCGCCUCUUGCAAGAUUCUUUGGGGGGCAAUAGCCACACCCUUAUGAUUGCCUGCGUGAGCCCAGCAGAUUCCAACCUUGAAGAGACUUUGAACACCCUUCGCUAUGCCGACAGGGCCAGGAAGAUAAAGAACAAACCGAUCGUGAAUAUUGACCCCCAGGCUGCAGAAAUCAGCCGGUUAAGGCUGCAGGUCCAAGAGCUACAGGUCUUAUUGCUGCAGGCUCACGGAGGGACGCUUCCAGUGUCUAUUGGUGGUGAGCCUUCGAAUAACUUGCAGUCUCUGAUGGAGAGAAACUACUCCCUCAAGGAGGAGAAUGAGAAGCUAAGCCGCAGCCUGAGCGAAGCAGCGGGUCAGAUCGCCCAGAUGCUGGAAAGGAUCAUUGUGAGAGAGCAGCAGCACGAAAAGAUCAACGUGAAGCUUGAGGAGCUUCGGCAACACGCUGCCUUGAAACUCGAUCUUCAGAGGCUGCUUGAUGCUCUGGAGGACCAGGAGUUGAAAGAGCACGUGGAACUGUUUUGCCACCUGCAGCAAGUCAUCGCCCAUUUGCCCAAUGAAAACGCUGCUGGUGUUGACAUGGACACAUCUGAUCAGGAUUCUAGUGCUGCUUCAGAAGGGGACCUGGAUGCGCAGCGAUCCUCUGAGGAAUACGCCACGCAGCACGCGCUCCACCAGGCCCAGAUGUCGAAAGAGUUGCUGGAGCUCAACGAAGCCCUGGCUCUGAAGGAGGCCCUGGCUAAGAAAAUGUCCCAGAACGACAGCCAGCUGGAGCCCAUACAGUGCCAAUACAAGACCAGCAUCAAGGAUCUAGAAGGGGAGGUUUCCCAACUGCAGAAGGAGAAAGAAGACCUGAUCCUUGCGCUUCAUUUGACAAAGAAGGACGUCAGCCAAGCAAAGCUGAGCGAACGCCGUAGGAAGCGGCUCCAGGAGCUGGAGGGGGAAAUGACAGAUCUGAAGAAGAAACUGAAGGAGCAGUCGAAGCUUCUGAAGAUGAAAGAAUCCAGCGCGCAGACCGUGUGCAAACUGAACCAUGAGAUCCGGGCAAUGAAAAGCCAGCGUGUUCAGCUUAUACGUCAGAUGAAAGAUGAUGCUGAGAAAUUCAGGCAGUGGAAGCUGCAGAAGGACAAGGAAGUUAUUCAGCUGAAGGAACGGGACCGCAAGCGGCAAUACGAACUGGUCAAGCUGGAGCAAGACUUCCAGAAGCAAGCCACGGUCCUCCGGCGGAAAGCAGAGGAGGCGGCGGCUGCUAAUAAGCGCUUGAAGGACGCUCUACAGAAACAGCGAGAAGUUGCUGACAAACGGAAAGAGAACCAAAACCGCGGCAUCGAAGGAAUUGCUGCUCGAGUGAAGAGCUGGCUGGUGAACGAAGUCGAGGUUCUCGUUAGCAUAGAGGAAGCUCGGCGCCACCUCAACGACCUCCUGGAGGACCGAAAAACCUUGGCGCAGGAGAUCUCGUCACUCAAAGAGAAGCGAGAUGCUGGGGAGAACCUUCCCUCGAAAUAUAAGAGGCGCACAUUCUCACACAAAGCUGUGGAAACCACCCAUUCCAUCACCAAGCAAAUCGAGAGCCUGGAAACAGAGAUGGAGCUCAGGAGCGCCCAGAUUGCCGACCUGCAGCAGAAGCUGCUGGACGCAGACACCGGCGACCGCACCAAGCAGCGCUGGGAAAGCAUCGCCACCAUUCCGGAAGCCAAGUGCGCCAUCAAGUACCUGAUCGGCGAACUGGUCUCCUCCAAAGUAGAGGGUGGGAAACUGGAGAACCGCCUUCAGCAGAGCAAAUCCACCUGUGCUGGCAUGCAUAAAAUGCUCCUGGAAGAGCGGAAAGCGGCCGCUGAAACGGGCGCGGAGCACGAGAGCCGGCUGGUCCAGUUGGAGCAAGAACAUCAAGAGAAGGUUCUCUAUCUACUCAGCCAGAUUCAGCAUAAAGAAGAAGCAGAGAAGAGGCUCGAGACCUCCAUUUCGGAACGGGAGCAGCAACUCUUCGAACGCCUCAAGUUCCAGGAUGAAGAGCUGGCAAAGACGAAGGAGGUCUUUGAGAAGAACCAAGAGCUCUGUGAAGAACUUGAAGCCGUCAAACAGAAACUGAGGAUUCUUCAAGCUGCCAGUGGCCAGAAGAUCCGCGACGUUCAGCCGGCACCCACAGAUACCCCGGACUCUCCCUUCGAUUACGUUCCACCCAAGCCAAAGCCCCGCAGGCAAACAACAGCGAGGCCUGCCUCUGAGAUGGACGACCCGUCGUCUGAAUCGGAUGAGUCGGGAGGAGAAACGGAAGACGCUGAAUGGGUGCCGGGCAGAACCGCCAAAGGAAUCAAGAAGAACAUUUUGGGGUGCACCUGCAAAGGCCGCUGUGGGAACAAGCAGUGUGGCUGCCGGAAGCAAAAAUUGGCCUGCUCGGAGGACUGUCGCUGUGAGUCUGAGAAGUGUCGAAACCGGGACAACUACAUCUUGGAGGGGACACUCCUUGAUGAGCAAAUGGGAAGCCUCAAGGAGAGCGCUUUCAAUCUUGAAGAUCCCACUCUGGUGACCGGAGGAGACACUUUCUUUGAGCCUCCAGCUAUCACUCCUACCAGGAAGGUCCUGGAGGAAACUGAGCAAGAGAAUGUGCCUCCCAAGAACAACGCAACCUCGUUCUUUGCCCUGGAUAACUUGGGGGCUGGCGAGAACCCACAGCCAGCCGUGAAGAAGAGGAGGAAGCGAAUCUUGAACAGCACCAGCGGCUUCUUCUCUGGCUGCACUCCUAUUAAAGAGGACUUUGUGGAUGGUUAGCAAGGCUGGGAACGUCAACAAACGUAGCCUACGCUAGACCUGACUUGGUGCUGUAGACAAGCAUUCUGUUAGUUUUAGUGCAUAGAUAUUUUUUUUAAUAAAUAAACUUGAAGGCUAGCAAUGUGCUGACCUGAUGGCUCUACAUGAUUCACAG